AUGGCCGGUCAUCACGCAGUUAAGUACCUCCGUCACGCCGCUGUCGCCAAACCACACGUGGAUCCAAAGAUUAGAUACGCCUCCAAGUUUUUGGGCGCCACCAUGUGGUUCUACAUCUUCUACAGAAUAAAGGAAGAUGGUCCAGUCAUCUUCGGUCAAAAGUUACCAUUCGAACAUCACUAA